ACAGUCAACGUUAAGGGUUUAGCAAUCUGAAGAGAGAGGGGAAGCUCCUGAGAUCAUCAGAAAACGGAACCCAAAUCUAUAGAGGAUGAUAAGAUCUCUCUCCACCGCCAUUACAUCGUCUCCCAAGAGAUUCGUUCACCGCAAUCUCCACCGGAAGAAACCUAACCACCCAAAGCGAGCUUUCUCUGCUACUGCCACUGAUGAUAAUUACACAGAUUUAAAGUUAGACGACGCGAUCGGUUUGUUCAGAGCCAUGGUUCGAACUCGUCCCCUCCCUCCCACCGUCGAUUUCAGUAAACUGCUAACCGCCAUCGCGAAGAUGAAGAAGUUCGAUGUCGUCAUCACUCUCUGCCGAGAGAUGGAGCGGUUAGGGAUCCCUCACAACAUGUACACGUGCAACAUUCUCAUCAACUCCUUCGCCAGAUGCUCUCACCCUUCUCUCGCUCUAUCCUUCCUCGCGAAGAUGGUCAAGCUCGGGUACGCUCCCGACAUCGUCACGCUCGGCUCCUUGCUCAACGCGUUCGAUCUCUCCGACGCGACGUCGUUCGUGGAACGAAUCGAGGAGAUGGGAUAUAGACCGAACGUUGUAAUCUACAACACUCUCAUCGACGCGCAUUGCAAAGGCGGAGAUGUGGGCGAUGCGCUCCAAGUGUUCGACGUAAUGAAGAAGAGGAGUGUGGUUACCUACAAUGCUAUGAUAAGGGGUCUUUGCAAGUCCGGGAGAUGGAGCGAAGCCGAUGAGUUGCUUAGGGAGAUGAUGGAGGAGAGGAGGAUCGAGCCGAACGUGGUUACUUUCGGCGUGUUGAUCGACGCGUGUGUUAAAGAAGGGAACGUCUUGGAGGCUAAGGAGCUUUACGAGGAGAUGAUGCGUAGGUCUGUGGAUCCGGAUGUUCGAGUUUACAACUCGCUCAUCAACGGUCUCUGCAUCCUCGGCAAGUUAGACGAGGCGAGGAAAAUGCUAGACUUCAUGGUGGGCAAGGGCUGCGUACCGAACGUGGUGACGUACAACACUCUCAUCAAAGGGUUCUGCAAGUCCAAGAGAGCGCACGACGGGCUGAAACUCUUCUGCGAGAUGAAUCACAGGGGAGUGCGCGGCGACACGUUCACUUACAACACUCUUAUCCACGGUUACUGUCGGGUGGGGAAGUUUAGCGUCGCCCAAAAGGUUAUGAGGAGGAUGUCUGAGUCUCGCGUGCCUCGUGACGUCGUUACCUUCAACAUUUUGUUGGAUUGUUUGUGUGAUAUUGGGAAGAUAGAUAAAGCGUUGGCGAUUUUUAGGGAUAUGGAGAAGAAUGAGAUGGGAUUUGAUAUAUUUACGUAUAAUAUCAUCAUUCAUGGGAUGUACAAGGCGGGUAAGGUGGAAGAUGCCAUGGAGUUGUUUUGUAGUCUGGGCCUUAAAGGAGUGAAGCCUGAUGUUGUAACGUACCGGACAAUGAUCUCGGGAUUGUGUAGGAUAGGGCUACGGCAUGAAGCGGAUGUGCUGUUUAGACAAAUGACAGAAGAUGAGCUUCUGCUACUGUACAAUUUGUAGGAAUGCUUGUAUUCAUUUGUGUAACCUCUUUGAAUAUAGAAAGAUACAGAGAUACAGAGAGUGAUAAAGGAACCAUACUAUUACUCCCAGUGGUUGGAUCAAAGAAAGAGUCAACAUUGCAUUGUGUAAGGUGACGAAAACUGAGUUAAAAUAAGUGAGAACAAUACCUUAAUGCUUUUCUUGUGACAGCUUGUGUAAUCAUCGCAUUUGUGUAUAUAUAUGAUGAGCUAUGAAAUAGGAUCUGUGUUAUUUCCCUGUGAUUGUAGAUUCUGAUUUGUUUUUCCUUCUUAAUAUUUAGAUUAGGUGGUCUUGUUUAUCCUGUUUUAGUAUUAGAGUCGGAGUUUUGGGGAUGAUAUAUACAAUUGUAUAUUUUAUGAAUUUCAGUUUUUAGUGGAUAAUGAACACGUUAACGUAUUGGGAUUAUUGUAUUAGCGCUGGGACUAAAUUGCUCUCGUUGAUUUCUUAGCAAAAAGAAAAACUGAUUUUGCUGAUCAACGUGUAGAUGGGUAACUGAGAUGCCCAACAUGUGAAAAAUCCAAAGUGCAUUGAGAUUAAUAUGAUUGCUGCAAGCAUUUGAAACUCCAUUGUGCUGUCCUUCAUUUCUCGUAAAUAGAAUCAGUUGGAUUGUAAUUUGUGAACCUGUCUGUGUUUUUGCGUGGCUGUGAUUUUGAGGUCGUCAUGGUGUUUAGAUUGACAAUGCAGAUCCAUGUGAUUUCAUGGUAGCAGGGAGAGUUAAGAAUGAAGUUGCAAAAAGAAGAUAAUCCAGCCAUGAUUUGAGUAAGAAAAUAACUUUAUCACAAUUAGAACAGCAAUAUAACUUGUCAGAGUGGUGAAAAGCUCUCAUAUUUAUACCUUAAGCUUUACUUGUAUUUUCACACGGCUACUAGAGUGGACAUCUUUAAACAUUCUAUGUGUCUAGUUGUUAGUUAUAUCUGAAACAGGAAAAUGACAGAAAAUUGGUGUGUUGUUAUCUAUUGGUUGCAUAUGACGUUGCUGAAGCUUUGUUCGGUCUAUUUGAAAUCCAGGGUCUGUCCUUUCUUUUGUCUAAAUCAUCAGUAGUGAUUGUUACGAGCAGUAUGUAAAACUAAUGAUCUAUGAAGAAACACUGAUUGUAUUCCCAAAAGAUCAAGAGAUUACAAGGGUUUUGAGAGUGUUUAUGGAGAGUUCUCUCACCUCU